GAAAGUUUCUGGGGAAAGUUGAGCUGAUCGAGGAACCGGGCGGUGGCUGGAGCGGGCGGGAGGGCCAGACCCCGAUUUCCCUGCUGCUCCUCAGGUGGCCUGACGCUGACGGAGGCAAAAAUCUGCUAACUCAGGGGGCAGACUCAACCGGGGCUGCGAGCAGGCCUGGGGAAUGAACCCCCGAACUCGAAUGAGCGCCUUCCGCGGCUGCACGGCGGUCUCCAGCUGUCUCUGCCUCUGCGCCUGGCCCUUGCCCUGUCCCUCUCCAGCGUCACCCUUCCCCGGGCCACAUGGGCCUUCUGUCUCCCACCAGGACCAUGCGCCUCUGGGGGCCCCGGGGCCUGGGGGUGGCUCUGGGAGUCUUCAUGACCAUCGGAUUUGCCCUCCAGCUCUGGGGGGGUCCCUUCCAGAGGAGGCUACCCGGGCUGCAGCUCCGACAUUUCUGGGCCUCAUCCCCGGGACCAGCUGCUCCAUCGUGCCCGCCGCGGCAGCGCCUUGUGUUUCUGAAGACACAUAAAUCCGGGAGCAGCUCUGUGCUGAGUCUGCUUCACCGCUAUGGGGACCGACACGGGCUGCGCUUUGCCCUCCCUGCCCGCUACCAGUUUGGCUACCCAAGACUUUUCCAGGCCUCUCGGGUCAAAGGCUACCGCCCUCAGAGUGGAGACACCCAGCCCCCUUUCCACAUCCUCUGUCAUCACAUGAGGUUCAACCUGAAAGAGGUACUUCAGGUCAUGCCUUCUGACAGCUUCUUCUUUUCCAUUGUCCGAGACCCAGCGGCUCUGGCCCGCUCUGCCUUCUCCUACUAUAAAUCCGCGUCAUCGGCCUUCCGCAAAGCACCAUCCUUGGCUGCCUUCUUGGCCAAUCCUCGAGCCUUCUACCGACCUGGGGCCCGGGGGGACCACUACGCGCGCAACUUGCUAUGGUUUGACUUUGGCCUCCCCUUCCCCCCAGAUAUGAGGACCAAGAGAGGGAAUCCACAUGUCUCCAGAGACCCCAACCCUCCCCAGUUACCUUCUGGUGCUGGCCCUCCAGCCCACACCCUGGAUCCCAAUGCUCUCUUCCAUCCUGUUCCCACUGUUGCUGAUGGUCACAGCCAGAGGUCCAGCCCUGCCUCUUUAGAUUUGGGGUCUUCAUCCUUCAUCCAGUGGAAUCUGGCCUGGCUGGACUCUGUCUUUGACCUGGUCUUGGUGGCUGAGUACUUUGAUGAGUCACUGGUCCUGCUGGCAGAUGCGCUGUGCUGGGGUCUAGAUGAUGUGGUAGGCUUUAUGCACAAUGCCCAAGCUGGAGGUGGGCAGGACGGAAGCACCAUUGACGAUGGUGGACUGACCACUGAGGACAGGCAGCUGACUGCCCGGGCACGAGCCUGGAACAACUUGGACUGGGCUCUCUAUGUUCACUUCAACCGAAGUCUGUGGGCCCGGAUAAAGCAAUAUGGCCAGAGCCGGCUGGAGAGUGCUGUGGCGGAGCUCCGGGCUCGCCGAGAGGCCCUGGCUAAACACUGUCUGGUCGGGGGUGAGGCUUUAGACCCCAAGUACAUCACUGACCGGCGAUUCCGCCCUUUCCAGUUUGGGUCAGGUAAGGUUUUGGGUUAUGUGCUCCGAAGUGGGCUGAGCCUCCAAGACCAGGAGGAGUGUGAGCGCCUGGCUACCCCCGAGCUGCAGUACAAGGAUAAGCUAGAUGCCAAGCAGUUCCCCCCAACAGUCUCUCUACUCCUCAAGACUUCAAGGCGACCCUCCCCCUAGGCAUCAAACCACUGUCUUAAGCUGAAGAGCAGUUAAGCCAUAGGGCGCCAGUGAUGAGUGUGAGGCAGCCAGAUGCCCUUUCGGCUUCCCUCAGAAAGCACGUCUGCUCCCCAGAGGACAAGUGGAACUUUGCAAGAAUGUGGGUCCCACAUCUCCAGCCUGUGCCAAGGAAUCCCAGACGGAGCAGCAGGCUCCCUCCCAUUUUUGCCUCUUCCCCUUUCCCACCCCCGACCCUACCCCCAACCCCGAAGGUACAAGCUGCACUUUCGAAGGCCUUCUGGAGGAGCAAACCAUGGAGUACGACAGAGCAAGUCUGGGACACAAGGGAUCGGAAUAAUACGUCCACCUAUGAAACACUUGUUACUGGGCUGCGCUCAUUUCACUAUGAAUGAAAUAUUCAAUUAAUAAAUAAUUUGAAACUUC